ACGCCCGCCCCCGUUUGCUCCGCGGGGCGGACUCAGCGGCGGAAGUGGUGCUGCCUCGAGAUCCCCUUCCGCUCGGAGGCGCUGCCGGGGCCGCGGAGCUGACUGUGGCUGGGGAAGAAGAGCCGGCCGGUGGCUGACAUGCAGCAGCUGUGCCGCUGAGGCCCCACCCUCCCUGCCUUGAGGUGGGGGCCCAUCAGGAUGAACAAACUGUCCAGGGAUUUGGCCUGUGACUUGGAGCGCAGCCUGCCAGCCGUGGCCUCCCUAAGCUCAUCUCUGUCCCACAACCAGAGCCUAUCAUCGCACUUCCUCCUGCCACCGCCUGCGAAGCGCCAGGCCAUCUCUGAUGUCCGCCGUACCUUCUGUCUCUUUGUCACCUUCGACCUGCUCUUCAUCUCCCUGCUGUGGAUCAUCGAGCUGAACACCAAAACAGGUAUUCAGAAGAACCUGGAGCAGGAGAUCAUCCACUACAACUUUAAAACUUCCUUCUUUGACAUCUUUGUCCUGGCCUUCUUCCGCUUCUCUGGACUGCUCCUGGGCUACGCGAUACUGCGGCUCCGGCACUGGUGGGUGAUUGCGGUCACCACGCUGGUGUCCAGUGCCUUCCUCAUUGUCAAGGUCAUCCUCUCUGAGCUGCUCAGCAAAGGGGCAUUUGGCUACCUGCUCCCCAUUGUCUCCUUUGUCCUUGCCUGGUUGGAGACCUGGUUCCUUGACUUCAAAGUCCUACCCCAGGAGGCUGAAGAGGAACGAUGGUAUCUUGCUGCCCAGGCCGCUGUCGCCCGAGGACCCCUACUCUUCUCCGGAGCUCUGUCCGAGGGCCAGUUCUAUUCACCCCCAGAAUCCUUUGCAGGGUCUGACAAUGAAUCAGAUGAAGAAGUUGUUGGGAAGAAAAGCUUCUCUGCUCAGGAGCGGGAAUACAUCCACCAGGGGAAGGAGGCCAUGGCUGUGGUGGACCAGAUCUUGGCCCAGGAGGAAAACUGGAAAUUCGAGAAGAGUAAUGAAUAUGGGGACACUGUGUACACCAUCGAGGUUCCCUUUCAUGGCAAGACGUUCAUCCUGAAGGCCUUCCUGCCCUGCCCUGCGGAGCUGGUGUACCAAGAAGUGAUCCUGCAGCCCGAGAGGAUGGUGCUGUGGAACAAGACGGUGACUGCCUGCCAGAUCCUGCAUCGAGUGGAAGACAACACCCUUGUUUCCUACGACGUGUCUGCGGGGGCUGCAGGUGGCGUGGUCUCCCCCAGGGACUUUGUGAACGUCCGACGCAUUGAGCGGCGCAGAGAUAAAUACCUGUCAUCAGGCAUCGCCACCACCCACUGCGCCAAGCCCCCAACGCACAAAUACGUCAGGGGAGAGAAUGGUCCUGGGGGCUUCAUCGUGCUGAAAUCGGCUAGUAACCCCCGUGUUUGCACUUUCAUCUGGAUCCUUAACACAGAUCUCAAGGGCCGCCUGCCUCGGUACCUUAUCCACCAGAGCCUCGCAGCCACCAUGUUUGAAUUUGCGUUUCACCUGCGGCAGCGCAUCGGAGAGCUGGGGGCCCGGGCAUAACCAUGUCCCCUCACUACCCUGCGGGCCAGGGUUCUGUCGCUACGGCCUCCAGAGCCAGAGGGGACCCAUGGGACUGCCCACAGAGGACCUGGCCUCAAGCAGUGGGAGGAGGAAGUUCCCUCCCAUGGCAGCCCCCUGACCCCAAGCUACCACGCUUUACUGUGCCUGUGCCACAGCCGUGAACAGGUUGUGGGGUCAGGCACCUAGACCAGGCUCUGCCACUGAGGCAGGUAGAGUCUGUCCUGCUGAUGUUUACAUGGCAUCCCUGCCUCCUGGAAGGGGAGAUCCACUGUGCCCUGCCUAGCCAGGGGCAGGGGCUGGAAUGGGAGCCUCAGACCUGGUGGGAGAGGCCCAGGUCCUAGGCAGGAUGGCGGCCCCAGCAGCCUUGUCACCACUGUUAAGGUGCAGGAGCCCCUUCAUCUGCCUGCUCUCUCAUCAUGGUUUUGGGGGAUUACUUAAAGGGUCUGGAACCUUUUUCCACAUGUACUUUUGGGGGAGUGGGUGGCAGGUGGGGAUGGCGGAUGCUGUCAGUGAACUUCUGCCACUCCCAGGUUCUCCCCCACCCCCAGGGCCUCCUUGGGGACCUUUGUAAUUUGAGCCAAUUAAAAACAUGGAACUCAAAAAAA